CUGGGAGCCGGUGGCAUGAAGACUGUGUACCUCGGUUACGACACCGACACUGGCAAGGAGAUCGCCUGGAGCGUGAUCCCCCUCGCGGACAUGGGCCAGAACGCCAAGAAGCGCAUAUCAUCGGAGAUAGAGCUGCUCCAGAAGCUGAAGCACCCGAGGAUCAUCGCCUUCAUCAACGCCUGGGUGAAGAAGAAGGAGAACGAGGUCUGCUUCAUAACCGAGCACGUCACCGGAGGCUCGUUGGCCUCCUACAUCCGACGAAUACAGAAGCCCUUGAAGUACAAGGUGAUGCGGACGUGGUGCCGGCAGAUCCUGGAGGGCCUCGUCUUCCUCCACACCCACACCCCCGAGCCCGUGAUCCACCGCGACCUCAAGUGCGACAACAUCUUCAUCAACGGCAGCAUCGGCGAGGUUGUCAUCGGCGACCUCGGUCUGUCGACGAUGCUGAAGGGGUCGCACGCCCAGUCCAUCGUUGGCACCCCAGAUUUCAUCGCGCCGGAGAUCUUUGAG